CCCAUCCUGCAGUUGUAUAUGGUCAUGACGGGGGCAUUCCAGGGAGUCCAGGGGCCUGACGCGAGCUUCAGGGGUGCCGAGCUUUUUAAAAACCUGUCCUGCCUAGAGCUUCAUUUAGCUACUCAAGUGUAACGGACAUCACCAAGCUGCCGCCGCCGACUUCGUAGGGCUACUAGCGGUCCUGUCCACAGACAACGCCUUCAUCUUUCUACAGUCUAUUCUUCUUCCGUGCCAAGGUGUCUAUUAGGAUGCAGCUACCACUUYUUUCACUAUUCUGAUMAAUUUAAAGCCAGGAGAUCGUCCACGUUGGAAACGAUAAACGGAUUAUUUAAUUAAUCAUCCCACUGACAGACUGCUUGGUUUGACAAGCUCCACUCCCAUCACAAKUACAAACGAAAAUCUCGCUUACUCUUUCUUUCAUAUUUUUCCUAGUUUUAUAACUUUUUUCACGGCAAGCUUGGCACUGGCCCGCAAUAAACAUUUUUUUAAAUUUCUUUCCACGCUCCCUUGCGUGCCGUAACGUUCACACACUGGCCCCACUGAUUGUGGUAUAAAAAAGGGCMCGGAAACCGACAACAUGAUGAGCAAUAAUACGUACUACGAGCAGCAGCAGCCGCCGCAGUACUACCAGAGUACUGACAACGGGGACGACGAGGAAGAGAUGCCGGCUACGGAGAAGGACCUCGCUGAGGAUGCGCCCUGGAAGAAAAUCCAACAGAACACCUUCACCAGGUGGUGCAACGAGCACCUCAAGUGCCUCAACAAGCGGAUCAACGACCUACAGAAAGACCUGACCGACGGGCUCAAGCUCAUCGGUCUUCUGGAGGUUUUGAGCCAGAAGAAAAUGUACAGAAAGUACCACGCCAGACCUAACUUCAGACAAAUGAAACUGGAAAAUGUGUCCGUUGCGCUGGAAUUCUUGGAGAGAGAACACAUAAAGCUGGUAUCGAUAGACAGCAAGGCCAUCGUGGAUGGGAACCUGAAGCUUAUCCUGGGUCUGAUCUGGACUCUGAUCCUGCACUACUCCAUCUCAAUGCCCAUGUGGGAGGACGAGGACGAUGAGGACRCCAAGAAGCUGACCCCCAAGCAGAGGCUGCUGGGAUGGAUCCAGAACAAGGUGCCCCAGCUGCCCAUCAACAACUUUCACCGUGACUGGAGGGACGGCAAGGCCCUGGGAGCCCUGGUUGACAACUGUGCCCCAGGCCUGUGUCCUGACUGGGAGACGUGGGAUCCYAGCCAGCCUGUGGAGAAUGCCAGGGAGGCCAUGCAGCAGGCUGACGACUGGCUCGGUGUGCCCCAGGUGAUAGCCCCUGAGGAAAUAGUGGAUCCCAAUGUGGACGAGCACUCGGUGAUGACCUACCUGUCCCAGUUUCCCAAGUCCAAGCUGAAGCCUGGUGCCCCGCUGCGCUCCAAGACUCUGCACCCCAAGAUGGCCAAGGCCUAUGGACCAGGUAUUGAGCCCAGAGGUAACAUGGUGCUGAAGCCGGCUGAGUUCGUCGUGGAGACAGUGGAGGCGGGGCUAGGGGAGGUGCUGGUCUACGUGGAGGACCCAGAGGGACACACAGAGGAGGCCAGAGUGAUCCCCAACAAUGACAAGAACAGGACGUACUCUGUCAUCUACCUGCCCAAAGUGGAGGGCCUUCACAAGGUGAAGGUGCUGUUCGCUGGGCAGGACAUAGACAGGAGUCCUUUCGUGGUGAGUGUGUCCAAGGCCAUGGGAGAUCCCAACAAGGUGCAGGCCAGAGGACCAGGACUGGAGCCUGUAGGCAACGUGGCUAACAAGCCUACCUACUUCGACAUCUACACAGCAGGUGCCGGUGCUGGAGACGUGGGUGUAAUCAUCGUGGACUCCCAGGGCAGAAGAGACACCGUGGAGAUCAUUCUGGAAAACAAGGGGGACAGUAUUUUCCGUUGCACCUAUUGCCCUAUCCUGGAGGGGUCUCAUGUUAUCUAUGUGACGUUUGCUGGGCAGCAGAUACCCAGAAGCCCUUUCACUGUCCACAUCUCAGAGGCCAGCAACCCCAACGUGUGCCGGGCMUCAGGGAGAGGUCUCCAGCCUAAGGGGGUGAGGGUGAAAGAGGUGGCUGACUUCAAGGUCUACACCAAGGGAGCCGGCAGCGGAGAGCUCAAGGUCACCAUCAAGGGGCCAAAGGGACUAGAGGAGCCUGUGAAGGUGCGUGACGCAGGAGAAGGGGUAUAUGAGUGUGACUACUACCCCAUCAUGACUGGCAAAUACACCAUCACCAUCACCUGGGGCGGACAGACCAUCCCACGCAGGACGAGUAGCCCUCUCAGGAACAGGGUUGAAGAGCCUGUGGUGACCAUCGGAGAGGGCAGCCACCCAGAGAAUGUGAAGGUGUAUGGUCCAGGUGUGGAGAAGUCAGGUCUGAAGGCCAACGAGCCCACCUACUUCACUGUGGACUGCAGCGAGGCAGGACAAGGGGAUGUCAGUAUCGGCAUCAAGUGUGCUCCCGGCGUGGUUGGUCCUGCAGAGGCCGACAUCGACUUUGACAUCAUCAAGAACGACAACGACACGUUCACAGUGAAGUACAUGCCCCCCGGCCCCGGACGCUACACCAUCAUGGUGCUGUUCGCUGACCACGAAAUACCCAUCAGCCCUUUCAGAAUCAAGGUGGACCCCUCUCAUGACGCUAACAAGGUGAGGGCGGAGGGACCCGGACUCAACAAGACAGGUGUGGAGGUAGGUAAGCCCACCCACUUCACCAUCUACACCAAGGGAGCGGGCAAGGCCAAGCCUGAAGUGCACUUCACCGGAGCAGCCAAAGGGGACGCUGUCCGAGACUUUGAGAUCAUUGACAACCAUGACUACUCCUACACCGUGCGCUACACUGCAGUGCAACAGGGUAACAUGUCUAUCUCAAUCUGCCACGGCGGUGACCCCAUUCCAAGAGCCCCUUCAACAUCACUGUGGCCGCCCCUUGACAUCAACAAGAAGUCGACGUUGGAAGGCUCAGGAGUUCACAGUGAGCUACGCACGGGCGCGGUGGCCAGGCAAGUGGAUGUGACAGAUCACCUCGCCCUCUCGUCGCCAAUCCCCUGCAAGCUGGAGUCUGACACGGCCACGAAGUCACACUGUGAAGUACAUUCCCCUGAGGAGGGCCCUACAAAGUGGACAUCAGCUAUGAUGGGAACCCUGUGCCGUGAGCCCUUCACUGUGGAGGGGGUGAUGCCCCCUGACCCUCAAAGUCUCACCCCUGCUGUCUCUCAGGUGCGUGCCUAUGGCCCAGGCCUCCAGGGAGGCAUGGUGGGCAAGCCGGCCCCCUUCGCCAUUGACACCAAGGGUGCGGGCACCGGCGGGCUGGGCCUGACCGUGGAGGGGCCAUGCGAGGCCAAGAUCGAGUGCCAGGACAACGGCGAUGGCUCCUGCUCUGUCUCCUACCUGCCCACAGAGCCCGGYGAAUACGCCAUCAACAUCCUGUUUGCCGAGCAGCACAUCCCCGGCUCCCCCUUCAAGGCCAUGGUACAGUCCGUGUUUGACCCCAGUAAGGUCACGGCCAGUGGGCCAGGCCUGGAGAGAGGGAAGGUCAACGAGGCAGGGUCGUUCGUAGUGGACUGCGCCAAGGCUGGGGACGCCGAGCUGACCAUUGAGAUUAUUUCMGAUUCGGGGUCGAAGGCGGAGGUGCGUGUUCAGAACAACAGUGAUGGGACCUAUUCUAUCACGUACAUCCCACAGUUCCAUGGCAUGUAUACUAUCACCAUUAAAUACGGGGGGCACGCCGUGCCCAAGUUCCCCGCCCGUGUGCAGGUGGACCCAGCCGUGGAUACCAGCGGGCUCCACAUUCCUACUGCAUCUGUGUUGUCCACAGGGGUCCUGAGGGAGGUGACCACCCAUUUCAUCGUGGAUGCCCGUGCCAAGAGCAAGACCGGGGGCAGCCAUGUCAAGGCCCGCAUCGUCAACCCUUCAGGCGCCAACACAGACGCCUACAUCACUGACAAGGGAGAAGGCACCUACAGAGUGGAAUACGCUGCCUAUGAGGAUGGGAUACACCUGAUUGAGGUGCUGUAUGAUGAUGUGGCGGUGCCUAACAGUCCGUUCCGUGUCCCGGUAACGGAGGGUUGUGACCCCAGCCGUGUCAGAGCCUACGGUCCUGGUCUGGAGGAGGGCCUGGUCGACAAACCCAACCGCUUCACCGUGGAAACCAGGGGUGCUGGUACAGGGGGUCUGGGCCUGGCCAUCGARGGUCCAUCAGAGGCUAAGAUGUCCUGUAAGGACAAUAAAGAUGGCAGCUGCAGUGUGGAGUACAUCCCCUUCACCCCGGGUGACUAUGACGUCAACAUUACCUUCGGAGGCUUGCCCAUCCCAGGGAGUCCUUUCCGUGUGCCAGUGAGAGAGCUGGUGGACCCAAGUAAGGUGAGGUGUUCAGGCCCAGGGCUGGGUAGUGGAGUCAGAGCCCAUGUUCCUCAGACCUUCACUGUGGACACCAGCAAGGCUGGCCUCGCCCCUCUGGGRGUGGUGCUGUACGGACCUACUGGAGUGGCUGAGCCAGUGAACAUCACAGAUAAUGGAGACGGAACACACACAGCGACCUACACCCCGGCCAAGGACGGCCCGUACACCGUGUGUGUGAAGUACGCUGACCAGGAGGUCCCUCGCAGUCCUUAUAAGAUCAAGACAUUGCCUGCUCAUGAUGCCAGUAAGGUGCKUGCCAGUGGGCCAGGUUUGAAUGCCCAGGGUGUGCCUGCCAGCCUGCCYGUGGAGUUCACCAUCGAUGCCCGCGAUGCUGGCGAAGGCCURCUCACUGUGCAGAUACUGGACCCAGAAGGCAAGCCGAAAAAGGCCAAUAUCCGUGACAACAGAGAUGGGACGUACACAGUGUCCUAUGUACCAGACAUGGCAGGGCGCUACACCAUCACCAUCAAGUAUGGAGGAGACGAGAUUCCCUACUCACCCUAUCGUAUCCAUGCCCUGCCCACUGGAGACGCCAGCAAGUGUCUGGUCACAGUUUCCAUUGGAGGACAUGGAUUGGGUUCAGGCCUCGGACCCACCAUCCAGAUCGGCGAGGAGACCGUCAUCACCGUGGACGCAAAAGCUGCUGGGAAGGGAAAGGUGACCUGUAAGGUGUCGACGCCAGAUGGGGCGGAGCUAGACGUGGACGUGGUGGAGAAUUCCGACGGAACGUUUGACAUCUACUACACGGCUCCGGAACCCGGGAAAUACGUCAUCACCAUCCGCUUUGGAGGAGAACACAUUCCAAACAGCCCCUUCCACGUGGUGGCCAGUGAUACCGUCCCUAUAAUAGAGGAACCGUGUGACAAGCUCCAGUUACAACAGCCCUACCAGGCCUACCAGGGCUACCCCCCUCACUGGGCCACAGAGGAGCCCGUCACCCCCGGGGAUAUCAUGGAGCCUAUGCUCCGCCCCUUCAACCUGGUCAUUCCGUUCACCGUUCAGAAGGGAGAGAUCACAGGUGAGGUGCGUAUGCCCUCAGGUAAGACAGCCCGUCCUAACAUCACAGACAACAAGGAUGGGACAGUCACAGUGAAGUACGCCCCUACAGAGAAAGGCCUGCACGAGAUGGACAUCAAAUAUGACGGAAACCACAUCCCAGGAAGUCCCCUCCAGUUCUAUGUAGAUGCCAUUAACAGUGGUCAUGUGACAGCUUAUGGUCCUGGUCUGAGUCACGGCAUGGUCAACAAACCUGCCACCUUCACCAUCGUCACCAAGGAUGCAGGGGAAGGUGGCCUGUCCCUGGCGGUGGAGGGUCCCUCUAAGGCAGAGAUCAACUGUAAGGACAACAAGGAUGGAACCUGUACUGUGUCCUACCUUCCCACUGUACCAGGAGACUACAACAUCAUCGUCAAGUUUGACAACAAACACAUCGCCGGCAGCCCCUACACUGCCAAGAUCACAG